AUGCCAUCUAUCUAUCUAUAUUCUCUGUCUAUCUUUUCAUAUCUAUCUUUCAUCUUCUAUCUAUCUAUUGCUCCGAUGAUCUGCAUUCGCUGGUUCCCAUCUACUUCAUUUUAUUCUAUCUAUCUAUCCAUCUAUCUAUCUAUCCUACACCCUUUCACUGUUCUAUCUAACUGUUAUCUAUUCAUUCAUCUCAUUUUUCGCCUCUAUCUAUCUGUUUCAAUUUUCUUCAUCUAUCUAUCUUCAUCUAUCUAUCUAUCUAUCUAUCUACUCUCUUCUAUCUAUUCCCUUUUUCAAACAACAUUCAAAAUGCCAAUCGAUGAUUUCUAUCCAUCCAUCCAAAAAAUCCCUCUACUAUCUGUUUCCAAUUUAAUUUCUUCAUCUAUCUCAUCCCAGCCCCUUCCAUCUUCAUAUCGUAUUUCUUUUUCGGACCUGUGUCUUGAUAUAUCCAUCUCUUCGGAAAAAUCUAUCGGAUCCAUGGUUCCGUUACCUUCUCUAUCUGUUCAUUCAUCGCCUUUUCAAAUUUUUCAUUCAUUCAUCUAUCUAUCAUCUAUCUCAGCCUUCGAUCCAUCUAUUCAUCCUAUCUAUCUAUCUAUCUCAGCCUUUUUUUCAAAUCCAAAAUUCAUUCAUUAUCUAUCUGUUUCAUCUAUCCAUCAGCACAUUUCCAUAUCUUUUCAUCCAUUCAUUUCCAUCUAUCUAUCUAUCUAUCUAUCUAUCAUCUAUCUCAGCCUUUUUUCAUCUAUCUAUCUAUCUUCCAUUAUCUAUCUUUCCAUCUAUUCUAUCUAUGCCAUCCAUCUCAUGAUGAAAUUCAUUCAUCCAUCUAUUUCAUCGAUCCAUUUAUCCAUCCAUCCAUCCAUUUCAAUCUAUCUAUCCGUUCAUUAUCAUUAUCUAUCUAUCUCUAUCUCAUCCAUCUAUCUAUCAUUCAUCUAUCUAUCAUUUUCAUAUCUAUCUGUCUAUCUAUCUAGCCUUUUCAAAUCUAUCCUAUCUAUCUAUCUAUCUAUCUAUCUUUCUAUAUCUAUCUAUCUUUUCAUCCAUUCAUCCAUCCAUCUUUUCUAUCUAUCUAUCUAUCCAGCCUUUUCAUAUCUAUCUAUCUAUCUAUCUAUCUAUCUAUCUAUCUAUUCAUCUCAGCUAUCUCAGCAUAUCAUUUCAUCUAUCCAUCUAUCUAUCUAUCUAUCUCUAUCUAUCUAUCUAUCUAUCAUCUAUCUAUCCCAGCCCCUUUCAUAUCUAUCUGUUUCAUCUAUCAUUUCCAUCUAUCUAUCCAUCCAUCUAUCUAUAUCUAUCUAUCUCUAUCUCAGCCAUUUUCUAUCCAUCUAUCUAUCUAUCUAUCUAUCUAUCUAUUCAUAUCUAUCAUCUAUGUCAGCCUUUUCAAAUCUAUCUCAUCAUUCAUUCAUCUAUCUAUCUAUCAUCUAUCUAUUCAUCUAUCUAUCUAUUCAGCCUUUUUUCAAUCUAUCUCUCCUUUUCAUAUCCAUCUAUUUCAUCCAUUUUCUCUCUAUCUAUCUAUCUCAGCCUUUUUUCAUAUCUAUCUAUCUAUCUAUCUAUCUAUCAUCUAUCUAUCUCUGUUUCAGCCUUUCAUUUCUAUCUAUCUAUCUAUCUAUCUAUCAUCUAUCUAUCUAUCUAUCUAUCUAUCUAUCUCAGCCUUUUCAAAUCUAUCUAUCUAUCUAUCAUCUAUCUAUCUAUCUAUCUAUCUAUCUUUUAGCCUUUUCAUAUCAUCUAUCUAUCUAUCUAUCUAUCUAUCUAUCUAUCUAUCUAUCUAUCUAUCUAUCUAUCUAUCUAUCUAUCUAUCUAUCUCAGCCCUUUUCAUAUCUAUCUGUUUCAGCCUUUUCAUUUCUAUCUAUCUAUCUAUCUAUCUAUCUAUCUAUCUAUCUAUCUAUCUAUCUCAGCCUUUUUCAUAUCUAUCUAUCUAUCUAUCUAUCUAUCUAUCUAUCUAUCUAUCUAUCUCAGCCUUUUUCAUAUCUAUCUAUCUAUCUAUCUAUCUAUCUAUCUAUCUAUCUAUCUCAGCCUUUUUCAUAUCUAUCUAUCUGUUUCAGCCUUUUCAUUUCUAUCUAUCUAUCUAUGUUUGAGAAAUCAGCAUCUCCUGACGAAUGGACUGAUUUUAUAUUUGAAUUAAACUCUCUCUCUUUCCUUCUCGCUCUCACUCUCUCCCCCCUUUCUCUCUAUCUAUCUAUGGUGCGGCAGUAA